AGAGAGAGAGAGAGAGAGAGAGAGAGACAUCGGCUUUGAGUUUCUAAUAAUUCAGUUUAAAAUCCAGUAAAUCAGUUUUAUCAGCUGAAGUGAUUGAUUAAAUCAGACGUCAAUCACUUGAUGUCCCGCCCCUCCCUCCCCGUGACAGAGGUUUGACAAGCAGAAUGGACCAAUCAGGAGACAAGGAACCUCAGCAGCGACAACACUGGACUCACACCACCUUCAGACCAAAGUAUACAUCCACCCAUUAUAACCGCUUCUCCUCAUCAGGGGCACAGCGUGGCCGGAGCCUGUCCCAGCUGACAGCGGGGUACACAAGUCAUGGAGACAGACAAGACACGGUUUUAAUGUUUAAAGAUGACGACAUCAUGGAGUGACCGUCUGCAGAACUAUGCUGACUUACCAGCCAACAUGGACGGCGUGGCCAUGAAGAAGUAUCGACGUGAAGCUCACCACAGCUUUCCAAGGGAUCUGGCUCAAAACCAUCCUGCAAUGAGAGUGUUUGUCAACCGAAGCUUGGCCAUGGAGAAGAUCAAGUGUUUUGGGUUUGAUAUGGAUUACACUCUGGCAGUGUAUAAAUCUCCUGAAUACGAGUCGCUGGGCUUUGACCUGACAGUGGAGCGCCUCGUGUCCAUUGGAUAUCCACAGGAGCUGCUCAACUUUGUCUACGACCCGACCUUCCCCACAAGAGGUCUGGUGUUUGACACGAUGUAUGGCAACCUGCUCAAGGUAGACACCUACGGGAACAUCCUGGUGUGUGUGCACGGAUUCAACUUCUUGAGGGGGCCUGACAUCAGAGAGAUGUACCCCAACAAAUUUAUUCAGCGUGGAGACACAGACCGCUUCUACAUCCUCAACACACUCUUCAACCUGCCUGAGACGUACCUCUUUGCCUGCCUGGUUGAUUUCUUCAGUAACUGCUCCAGAUACAAAAGUUGUGAGACUGGCUUCAAAGACGGCGACCUUUUCAUGUCCUACAAGAGCAUGUUCCAGGACGUCCGAGAUGGCGUGGACUGGGUUCAUUUCAAGGGCUCCUUAAAAGAAAAAACUGUUGAAAACCUGGAGAAGUAUGUGGUCAAAGACCCGAAGCUUCCUCUCCUCCUCAGUCGCAUGAAUGAAGUAGCCAAAGUGUUUCUGGCCACCAACAGUGAUUACAAAUACACAGAGAAAAUCAUGACCUACCUGUUUGACUUUCCUCACGGCCCAAAGCCCGGUACACCCCACAGGCCCUGGAAGUCUUACUUUGACCUGAUCUUGGUGGAUGCCCGCAAGCCCGUGUUCUUCGGCGAGGGAACAGUGCUGCGGCAGGUGGACACUAUCACAGGUCGGCUGAAGAUCGGCACGUACACCGGACCUCUCCAGCAUGGCAUCGUUUACUCUGGAGGUUCUUCAGACAUCGUGUGCGACCUGCUGGGAACUAAAGGGAAAGACAUCAUCUACAUUGGAGACCACAUUUUCGGGGACAUUCUUAAAUCCAAGAAGCGUCAGGGCUGGAGGACCUUCCUGGUGAUUCCUGAGUUGGCCCAGGAACUGCAUGUGUGGACCGACAAGAGCUCCAUAUUUGAGGAGCUUCAGUCUCUGGACUGCUUCCUCGCAGAGCUUUACAAGCAUCUGGACAGCAGCAGCAACGAGAGGCCAGACAUCAGCUCACUGCAGAGACGGAUCAAGAAAGUCACCCACGACAUGGACAUGUGCUACGGCAUGAUGGGAAGUCUGUUCCGCAGUGGAUCCCGACAGACACUGUUUGCCUCCCAAGUCAUGCGCUACGCUGACCUGUACGCCGCCUCCUUCAUCAAUCUGCUCUACUACCCCUUCAGCUACCUGUUCAGAGCCGCUCACGUGCUGAUGCCUCACGAGUCCACGGUGGAACACGCCCACGUCAGCAUCAUCGACACAGAGUCGCCGCUGGCCACGAGAAACCGCCAGGACGUCGACUUCAAGGAGAUGGAGUGCAAGCGACACCAGCUGACCCGGUCCAUCAGCGAGAUCCAGCCCCCACACUUCUUCCCUCAGGCUCCACAGGAGAUCACCCACUGCCACGAUGAGGAUGAUGACGAGGAGGAAGAGGAGGAAGAGGAGGAAGAGGAGGAGGAGGAGGAGGAGGAGGAGGAGUAGAUGGAGAAGUGUAGACUCACUCUCACAUCCAGUUCAUCCUGUUUUCAUGUUUUAAGAUGAUAUUUUCCUUGAUUAAUAACUCCAGGCCUCUAGGUGUCAGAUCCACUUGCUGACCUGGUCCUGUAUCAAAAUGGACUUCUGUAGAUUCAAGUGGUCUUUAACUGUAUGUGUCCAUGGGUAAGGAAAGGUCAAAUCAUAAAGCCAGGUUAGGUUCUGUCUGUCAGUGUAAGAUUCAGGCAGUGAAGCUUAAAGGGAAGUACCUCACGGAGGUAUCCGUGCAUAUCAGUAUGCAUUCAUUCAUCUGUGCUGUAAAGGUCUCUGCCUGCUGCUCCCCCUGCACCGCUCACUUUAAAACACUUAAUUUAUGUUAAAGGAACAAGACGCAGCCACAGUCGUCACAUGCUUGGCACUUUGGGGACCAUGUUGUUUUUUGAGGUGACUUUUUCCCCACUUUAAAAGAAUAAUGUCCAAAUGUAGAGAUGUGAUGACAGUGUGUGUUCACACACAGCUCGAAUGCUGCUGUGAGCAGAGCCACCUGAAUGCUCUUGUGUGUUGUCAUCGACUCGCCUCGUCCCUUCUUUGGGGACCUUUUUAAAGGAAUUCUGGGAAAUGUAGGAACUAAAUAACAGCACAUCUGAGGGAGAACUGUAGUUUGUGUGUUAGACACAGCUGCUGAAACUAGACCAGAGUCCUAAAAGCGCUCUGUUCCAGCAGAGCUGCAGUGAGGCAAAGUGCUGACACCACAUCACAUGGUACCAGCUUAGAAAAACUUCUUUACUCAGUAAUGUUGUAAAGCAGGACUACAUUUCCCAUGUCCCAAUCAAUCAAUCAACACCCUGAAGUUAUUACUGUUACUGUUGUUACUGUUCUAAUGUGGCUGUAUUAUGUGUUUUAAAAUGACUGCAAAACUAACGUAGAUACUGUAUUACACACUGCACGAUGCACUGUGUGCCGUGCAGUUCCUGCCUUAUUCAUACACAGUGAGUGAAUGAGGAUCCUGGUUCAAAAUAUGUUGAACUGUUUGAAUGCGGGGGAAAACAAACGUGUGGAAGCUCAUUUCUGCCAGGAAGUUCAGACUGAUUACAGCCACGAUGUUUUGUCAAAAUUCUGAGAAGUCAAGAUAUCGACUUCAGACUGACUUGUGUCAAAACAUUCUUAUGAAACAGGAAGUAAGUCAAAACUUAGACCUAUUGUCUAUUCUGUCUUCUAAGUUUGAUUUCAGUUCAUCAGUUUAUCAAACAUCUGACCUAUUUUUUUAGAAGAUGAGUCACAGUUUUGAUCCAGUGUCUCAGACUGAUCACCAAGUAUUCUCACUUUGUUCAAGUAUGUCCACGUUCAAGAAUUUUGACUUGCCAUAUAUUUGUACUUUUGUGUGUGUGUGUGUGUCCUGGCAGUAAUGUUCUUCCAUAUAGAGGUGAACCUGCUGCUGUAAACAUGCUGUCACUGUAAUGUGAGCAGUGGACUGUGGGCCCGGCUCCAUAUGCACUGACGUCACCACAGUGACAGUGAUGUGCUGAUGAGGAUGUUUUAAUUCUAUUUUUAUGAUUAUUCUGUUUUCAUGGUACUGCUUGAUUUUCAAAGGACCUGUUUGAGUCUGACCUGCUGACGUGAUCACACGUCCAUCCUCAGAUGAGUGUGGCAUUUGAAAAUCUGAUUUACUCAAGGCUAAUCCAGCCUUUUGUCACCGAGUGUGACUCUGUUGUUUGUGUGUUAGAACUUCACACAGCAUGUUACUGGCUGCUUCAUCCUGUUUGGACUGAAGACACAUAUCCUCUCCUCAAUGGUCAGAGCUGGUCUAAUGUCCUGCUGCCAGAUGACGGUUGAUUGUUGAUCUUUUUUGCACCUCUGAAUGUUUCUUGUUCUUUGAGUAAGGGAGCAAUAUCAGUGUGUUACCCUGAUGUUGAAACACAAAUGUUUCAACGUGGACACCCUCGAAGCGAGCAGCUUUUAGUUUUUUUUUGUUUCGUAUUCGGCUCAUUUCACAACAGUUCAGCAUGCCUUGUUCGAAUGACCGACUGCUUUGAAGGCUUCAUAAAACUUUGAUAAUCACACAGAGUCAAGUGUAAAUGAAACCAAAUGACUUUUUAUUGUUACCAGCAAUAGUUAAUGCAUGUAUUGGAGUUGUAUUUUUGCUGUUUUUCUUUGAACGGUUGCCUUCAUGUUGAUGAAUGUUGAAGAAUGCAGUUGAGACGGUUUGAGCCAUGGCUGAUGUUUGUAAUAAAUUUCUGAUACUGUA